AACCUGCUGAACGUAAACAAACAUGGCGUCGUCCAUCAGCAAAGUUCGCAGUGUUUUCAGGCCCGGUUUAUUUGCCGGCAAAGUUGCCAUUGUUACUGGUGGCAGCACAGGAAUAGGGAAAGCAAUAACACAAGAACUUCUGAGUCUCGGCUGUAAAGUAAUGAUAGCCUCCAGAAAUGAGGAGAGGCUGAUGAAGAUGGCUGAUGUGAUGAGGUCUCAGUUGCCUUCAGAUGGACCAGCCUGGUUAGAGGCCAUGCCAUGCAACAUAAGGAAAGAAGACCAGGUUCAACAUUUAAUGAAGGAGACCCUUUCCAAGUAUGGCAGGAUUGACUACUUAGUAAACAAUGGAGGAGGACAGUUUAUGUCACCUGCUGAGGACAUCCGACUGAAGGGCUGGAAUGCAGUGAUAGAAACGAAUUUAACAGGAACUUUCCUGUGUUGUAAAGAGGCAUAUCACCACUGGAUGAAGGAGAAUGGUGGCAGUAUUGUUAACAUCAUAGUUGACUUGUGGAAAGGAUUCCCUAGGAUGAGUCAUUCAGGAGCAGCAAGAGCAGGUAUCCUCAACCUCACAAAGAGCUUGGCUGUGGAGUGGGCGGACCAUGGGGUUAGAAUUAAUUGCGUAGCACCAGGAAGCUCAAUAUAUUCAGAAACUGCAGCAGCAAACUACAAUGAUCCUGAGGUGUUCAAUGCCAUAAUACCACUGAUACCUGCUAAAAGAUUGGGUACCACAGAGGAGGUGUCAGCAGCAGUGUGUUUCCUGUUGUCUCCAGCAGCAGCAUUUAUAACAGGGGACACCAUUAAAGUGGACGGGGGAUCCAACCUGUACAGCUCUGUCUGGGUUAUACCAGACCACAAGAAGAUCCCAGCAUUUAAAUGGGAAGAUGAGGAGGAGGAUUCAAAAUCAAAACUAUGACAGAAAUCUGCCUGUAAUCAAACAGAAUACAGUGACGGUUGAUAAAAAACUGAAAUUAUAUUCACUGGAUUAAUUUACAUAUUUAAUGCCCUCUGAUGAAACAUAUAUAACUUAUGCAUUGAUUUUGUAUGAAGAAACAAUUGAUAGAAAACUGAAAUCAUAUUCAUUGUACUAAAAUUUAAAAUGAAAACAGGAACAAUGACAUCUGAUGAAACAUAUAAUAUGACUUACGUAUUAAUUUUGUAUAAAGGAACAGUAUGAAUAUACCUAUUGGUUUUUCCAGAAUUUUUUUUUCUAUCAUUUUAUCAUCAGUUUGGUGAUGCUACUGGUGAUGUGUUAUACUAGACUAUCGCUUGAGAUACGCAGCCUUAUAAGUUGUUCAAUUCAUUAAAGUAGUUUUCACUGUGGGCCCCGAUGGAUAGACUCAUCUAAUUUACUUUACAAUAGACCGGUUUCAGCAUCGGACCAAGAUUAUUUUCAGUCGCAUAUCUUUAAAUUCAAUUAUAAUGAACCAAUAAAGAUAUUAUUGCAGCUA